GCCGCCGCCGCCGCAGCCCUCCGCUCCGGCGACGGCCGCCGAUCACAUCGCCGGGAGGAGGAGGGAGAUGAUGCAGCCGACGCGGAUGCACUGGGCGAGGGCCGACGCCUCCGACUUCGGAGGCCAACCCCCCGUCCCUCGCAGCGGGCACACGGCGGUCGGGAUCGGCAACUCGAAGGUGGUCGUCUUCGGCGGGUUCGCCGACAAGCGCUUCCUCGGCGACAUCGCCGUCUACGACGUCGAGAACAGGCUGUGGUACACGCCGGAGUGCACCGGCAGCGGCCCGGACGGGCAGCCGGGCCCCAGCCCGAGGGCCUUCCACGUCGCCGUCGUCAUCGACUGCAACAUGUUCGUCUUCGGCGGCCGCUCUGGGGGCAAGAGGUUAGGCGAUUUCUGGAUGCUCGACACUGACAUUUGGCAGUGGUCCGAGAUGACCGGCUUUGGUGAUUUGCCGUCUCCGCGGGAGUUUGCGGCCGCAUCAGCCAUAGGAAACAGGAAGAUUGUCAUGUAUGGUGGCUGGGAUGGCAAAAAGUGGCUGUCUGAUGUAUAUGUCAUGGACACAAUGUCACUUGAAUGGACGGAACUAGCAGUUGCUGGAUCAGCGCCGCCUCCAAGAUGCGGACAUUCUGCCACUAUGAUUGAGAAGAGGCUGCUUGUAUUUGGAGGCAGAGGUGGAACUGGACCGAUAAUGGGCGAUCUAUGGGCUUUGAAGGGUGUUACUGAAGAAGAUAAUGAGGCGCCAGGUUGGACACAGUUAAAGCUGCCAGGUCAAUCCCCCUCUGCACGAUGUGGUCAUUCAGUGACUUCAGGUGGACCUUAUCUCCUGCUAUUUGGAGGACACGGAACUGGUGGUUGGCUAAGUAGAUAUGAUGUGUACUACAACGAAUGUGUUAUUUUAGACAGGGUCUCUGUUCAAUGGAAGCGCUUACCAACAAGUAACGAGCCACCUCCUCCUCGGGCAUAUCAUUCUAUGACUUGCAUAGGAUCCCGGUUUCUUUUAUUUGGUGGCUUUGAUGGAAAGAAUACCUUUGGCGAUUUGUGGUGGCUUGUUCCUGAAGAUGAUCCUAUUGCCAAGCGAGAUUUGGUUCCUAAUGUUGAAUCAGACAGCAACCUAAGCACUGUGACUAGUGAUGCCCAACAGUAUGCAGUGAAGGAAUCACAAUCUGGGGAAUCUCCAAUGGUGGACUUGGCAAAAAGAUUGGGGAUUCCACUUUCUAUGGAACCUCCAGCAAGCUUUGUUGAUGAAAUCAAUGAUAAAGAGCUAAUGGAAUUAUCAACUAGGCUUAUUGGCGAAUCACUUCCUACUACUGACCAGCUUGCAUGUAUUCAGGCACUUCGUGAUCAUUGGAGAAGUUCCCCAUCAAGCUCCAUACAGCUCCAGGAGCUUGGCCCUCUGCUGAGGGACUAUCAACGUCUCAUUAUCCGCCGUUACGUGGAAAACCCAUCCCCAAGGUUCCUCGAAAGGGAAGAUCACCGCCUUUUCCAUUUGAAAAAUGCUUCGCAGUUGCGCAUGGAUGACAUCCCUGUCCUGCUGAGCGAAUACAGAACUCUGCUUUCCACCUGAGGGGGCUCCACUUGCAGCUCUUUUACUGGCAGCAGCGUGCAGGUAACAUAUCAAAAAGUCAAGCGCACCGCACCUGCAUACAUGUCAAGUUAAUUGAUGAUGAACGAGUUGCUAACCAGAGCAUUGUGCGCGACACUUCCCCGAGGAUGAAUGUGUCGUCACCAUGCUUUGAGGACUUACAUCUCUCUCCUUAGAGAGUCAAAAGAAAGUUGCACAAAAUUAUUGUGGAUAGCAGACUGUAAAUGUAACCUCUAAUUGUAACUGGAGCUGACGGCUCCCGGGUCUGUGGGAGGUGUUGAUAGGAAAACAGUUUCCUUUUGCUCUUUUGGUCCAUGAUUAAUUGACAAGUGGUCCAACGUUUGUUUGCUAAAUUCGUGUGCAGUUCCAUUUUUCAUGGCACGUGCUUUCUAAUUUCC